AUGUCGGCUCCGAGCCUCAACGGCGGUGAUGCCGCAAAGUCCACCUCCACCUCCGCGACCUCCAAGCCACAAUUGAGGAGCUCCGCCAGUGGAAAGGCCCUCGACGGCGCCCGCAAGCAAGCCGCCAGUCCUGUCGACGGACAGUCCAAGUAAGACACCUUCGCUCCUCACGUGCGACGUCUCCACUUUGCGGAGCAUCGUCCUACCUCUUCCCUGCGCCUCCUCAUACACUGUACUUCUCCUGACCAUGUCUUCCUCCAUCAUACUGUGACGUUUGCUGAUGACUCGCCAAUCCAGGAAGCAGCAGCCCAAGGCCUGGCAGGGCCCCAACCCGAUCACGCAGCGCGCCUCCAACGUCCCAAAUGGCAACGAGAAGCCGCUCCCCAAGCCUUCACAGCAACAGGCUCAGAAACAAAGCACCAAUGACCUACACUCGGACAAACAUGCACAUGACCGCUCGCUCUUCUUGCUUGCACAAUUCAUCGUAUGUACUCUCCAACUUCACGGCGAUGAAUGGUCUGCAGUCGGGAGGCAUAUCAGCUGUGUUAUACAUGGAAUGCGUUACUGAUUAUUGCUACAGGGCAAGGAUGUGACACUCUCAUUAAAGAAUGGCGAGCAGUUUGCUGGCGUGUAUAGUGGCUGUUCGCUCGAGCUCAGCAAGACACAACACAUCAUCAAGAUGGCACGGCGGACAAGGCCGCCCACCCAACAGCAAGCUAAUGGCAACACAGGCCUCUCUUCCGAGUACAUUGGCCAGGGAGAAGACUAUGUCAUGAGCUUUGACGUACAGGAUACCGUGGAUCUGUUCGUUGAGGAUGUCAGCACCGCGGCCACUGCAACACAGCAGAAUGGUGGGCCUCCUGAAAUGCAGUCUACAUGCUCGACACUAACACAGUUGCAGGCUCCGUUGGCUCUUCCUUCCUCACAGAUACCCAGAUCUCAGGUCGAGACCCAUACCAUCAACGCGAGCGAGAGCUGCAGCGCUGGGAUGCCGGCCCUGACACCUCGCUGGAUCUGUCCCUUGGCGACCCCAAGGACGCAAGCUGGGACCAAUUCGCUGCUAACGAACAAAUGUACGGUGUACAGUCGACGUAUGACGAAGACAUCUACACCACGAGCAUCGAUCGAAGCAACCCCGACUUCAAACGACGCCAAGCCGAAGCAGAGCGGAUAGCUCGCGAGAUUGAAGGUUCUGCCGCGGCAACCUCACACGUCGCGGAAGAACGACGGAAGGAUGUGUAUGGCGACGAUGGCGGUGACGAGGAGGAUAAAUACUCGGGCGUCAGGCGGGAGACGGUUCUACCACAAAGAGGAAAGGGCUCCUACGUGCCUCCAAACCAGCGUCCUCAAGCUUUCGACCCGGCUAUCAUCUCCGUGUCGAAACCGACUCCAUCCCCAGCGCAAGCUCCGAGUGUCGCUGCGGCAUCCACUGUUGCCCCGGCACUCGUUACGGAGAAGCCAGCCGCGAAGGAAGCUGUGCCAAGUCCCAGCGUCGCCGCGCCGAAGAAGAAGGAGAACACCACCGAGGAUCGUGUACGGGACACGGCAGAUGCGUUUAAACAGUUCGCCAACAACGAGAAGCUGCGUCUGAGGAAUGUUCAAGAAGCGAAGCGUGCAAGCGCUCGCCAAGAGAAGAACGUGAAGCUCAAUGAUCUGAAGAAGUUCGCAGCCAACUUCAAACUUAAGAGCCGUGUGCCCGACGACCUGGUUCCGAUUCUGGCAAAGGAUCCCGGCAAGCAGCUAGAGAUCCAGACGAGGGCAGAAGAAGCAGCUAAGCUUGAGGAAGUUCGGUCAAAGGACAAGAGCGACAAAGGCUCCACAGUCGCUUCACCAGCGCCUUCCGCUGCCACUGCACAGGCUGGGCCUUCCGCCGCUGCGGAUCAGCGCAUGACGUUCAACCAGCAGCAGGUGCGGAAUGGAAGGGCCCUACAGCAGCCGCGUGGUGGACCCCUAUCGCCCAGUCAUCAGGGUCCGGCUCGACAACCUUACAACCAUAUUCAAAGGGGUCAGUUCACUGGACGCCCUGGGAUUCCACCACAGCCGCUACCAGCAGACCUUCGUAUUCCUACAGCAGCUCCAGUCACGUCAACAGCAGACAUGCCGAUGAGCCCGACGUCUGCUACUCGCUUGAACGUCAAUGCCAAGUCGUUCGAGUUCCGCCCAGGAGCUUCCGCAUUCACUCCAACAGGCACCACACCUAGCCCACAACGUAGCACUGGCAGCGGCAUAGUUGCAUCGCCCAUCGAGGCCACUGCAUCAUUCUUUGACAAGGUCGCCUCGAAAGAGACGAAGUCAGCAGCCUCUGUCUUCGACCCGCUCAAGCGAAUGGCCGAAACGGACUACAACGAGAACGAGAAGAAGAAGUACACUUCGAAUGGAGGAUUGCCUCAAGCGUACAACACUCCUCCCACCUGGAACUACCCCAAGGCGAACGACAACGUGUCGCAUUUGUCCAUGUUCCCCAAACCACAGGCUCCAAGCCAAGGUCCCUCGCCCCUGCACACUCCGAACCCGAAUGGACAGAUGCCUCACGCGCAUCAGCUACCUCCGCACAUGCAAGGACAGCCAAUGCCGAACCCGGCACAACGGCCGGGGCAUUACUUCCCGCAACAGCCACAUGGACCUCCGUUCGAUCCUCGGUUCCAACAGCAGUUCGCUCCGAACGGUUCCGUCCAGAACUCUCCGCGACCACCACACGGAAUGCCUGCAUUCAACGCGCAGAUGGCGCCAUUCCCUCAACAAGGUAUGCCCGGACAGCCCAUGCCCGCAGGAUACGGCGCGAGUCCAUCGAUGGGAAUUCGCCAGCCUAACAUGCCGCCGCAAUCCAUGAUGAUGCCUGGGCAGCAGAAUCACAGUAAGUUCAAAACCCCUGCCUCCAUCGCCGCAUUGCUUCUGACAUCCUCAGUGAUGCAAAUGGCUCCCAACUUUACACCAGGACCGCAUUUCAGACCACAGCCGAUGGGAGGUCACAUGAUGGUGCAGCAGCAGUCGGGCAGCUAUCCUAGUGGACCCGUUCCACAGGGCUACUCCCCCAUGCCGCCGCAUCCGCAGCCACACAUGCCGCACAUGCAGCAGAAUGGGCCCGCGGGCUAUUCCGGUAGCCCUCGUCCCCCCAUGAUGCAGCAUCAAGGCUCACAUCAAGGCUAUCAACAGCAGAUGCAGCCUCAUUUCAUGCCUUCGCCCGGUCAACCUCAUCCAUAUCACAUGCAACAGCGGGCGAUGUCGGGCGGUUUCCCUCAGAUGACGCCGCGCCAGCAGCAUUCGAUCCCGAACCACCCAAGCCCUGGUAUGGUGCCGGCGCAGGGAGACGAAGGAAAGUGAGCCAGGAAGCUCGUAUCUGGACGGCUCACAAUUUGGGCGCCGUAGAUGACAAUUCCUAGGAGCGCAGCAAUCCCCGACCUGGACACCUCAAAGCCCAACACGCCGAGACUUGGCACGCCGGUGUCAGCGAAACGGUACCUCGGCGCAAGGAAUGCACGGCUGUCACUGAUGGAUCUAGGCAUAGUGCCGGCGCAAAAUCGUACAAGGGCAGCGUCUGCAUUCAAAGCGUACGGUAGUCGCGUGAGAGACGCGGCACGAUGUGCACAAGAGGCCACGAGGAGGCCCCCAGGGAACAGUAUGCCCAACCUUGGCACGGAUUUCGUUCGCGGCGACGAGUCAUAG